AUGAUCGCUGUUACGGUGGUUCAGAUGAUGGGUACAGAAGACGAGACCGGAGCCCACGUCAUCGACCAAGACAGUUGGAUAAUCGAGAUCAUCACUACGAUGACAUGUACGACGAUGGGAACCGUGGUGAAGGCGGACAUCGGGGACGAGAAAGAUCUCGUAGUCCUUGCGGCGGCCAUUACAGAAGUCGAUCCCGGAGCCGGACGCGAGAUGCUGGGAAACCUACAGAUACAGUGA